GUUUAUUUCUGUGGAGGGAAGGGAGAUGUCAAAAAAUACUUUUCGUGACGGGUAUAAAAAUAAACUGGUCGGUAAAGUCUGAAAAUGGAUGAAGUCGGAGGGGCCAGAAGGGGCCCACCUAAAUUACGUGAGAUUCUCAGAAGACAGCGUCAAGAUUCCGAGGGAACCAUUGACUGUCCCGACUUGGAUUUCGUGUAUGACGAUGCCGACAAGCAUCCCAAUGAAACUGCCGAACUUUACAGCUACACGGAGGGGCCAGAAUUCCAAACAAAUAUCAGGGCGUUUGAAGAACUGAUGGAACUCUUUCACAUAAGGCCGCAUUGGCAAACCUUGAAUGAUGCAACCAGAGUUUCUGUUUUGCUCAAGCUUGCAGAACAAUUGGAGCUAAGUAACAAAGCUUUGAGAAUGAAAGCUGCUCGAGCAAUCCUUUACAUAGCACAAGGGUGCUGGGGUGAAGUUCAGAGUGAUGCAGAGCAGCAGCAUUGGACUAGAAAUAAUGUACUCUUACUUUAUAAAACUGGGAUUUUUCACACAUUUCUGGAACUAUUGAACUAUGAAAUUGAAAACAGUGGGGCUGCCAAUACUGCCAUGAGGAAACUAGCUGUCAGUCUAGCAGAUAGCUGGGAUCUUCGAAUUAUUUUAUCGGUAUUCUACACCAUUGUCGAAGUCUUCCGUUCGUCUCAAGAAGAGGACAGCGAUGAAUUCAAGAAAAUACAAGAAGAAUUCCGAACUGAAAUCGCUCAACCAAUCAAUGACGAAUUACUUGCUGUAAAACUGCUUAGUAUGGUGACCAAAUUUUGCAGUGGAUCAUGCCCACAUUUUCCAAUGAAGAAGGUCCUGUUGCUCCUAUGGAAAGUGUUACUGGUGUCUCUUGGUGGAAUGAAAGAACAAAAAGAGUUAAAAGGAAAAUAUCGUACUGAAGCGGGUUUGGCAUUACCAGAAGAAGAUACCAUCGAAGUAACGCGAACCAUGCGUGCAGCUUCACCUCCUGCGUCAGCUGCCGACCUGCUGGAGGCUCAAAAUCAGAAACCAGGUCCAGCUGCUCGUCCGUUCCGACGUACCCUAGUCAAGCAGAGUUCCUUAGAUGAAUCUCUGACCAUGGAAUUAGACAGUAACGAUCAAGCUGAUGAUGAAUUACGAGAAAUUGAAGAGCGUAGAGCUAUGGAAGAGUCGGGAGAGAUACCGCAACCACCGAGCCCACGACCUACUACACCCAUCCCUAGGAAAGCAUUACCGUGGACGCCAAAAGUUCGCCAAAAGGAUAUCGAUCAAUUUCUUGAUACGACGCGAAUGAAAUUUGUCGGUUUCAUGCUUCCCAACGAUCGAGUGUCAUUAGCAGGACUUCCUCUUCCCAUUCACGAGGGUGUGCGAGUUUUGAAACAGCACACUUACUUCUCACUGACGGAGAUCCAAAUCCAACGAGAAGAGGACAUCAACAAAAACCCGGUCUCGAAAGGGCAGGAGGACAUAGCGUUGACUCCGACGGAAAUCCUUUACCAGGCCAUGUUGCCGAGCUUGCCUCAAUACAUGAUCGCUCUUCUGAAAAUUCUACUGGCUGCCGCACCGACCUCCAAAGCCAAGACCGACUCUAUUAACAUUAUGGCAGACGUUCUACCCGAGGAAAUGCCGAUGACUGUAUUACAGUCGAUGAAGUUGGGUAUUGACGUUAACCGCCAUAAGGAAAUUUUGGUGAAGGCCGUGGCCGCCAUCUUGUUACUUCUCUUGAAGCAUUUGAAAAUGAAUCACGUAUACCAAUUUGAGUUCAUGUCUCAACACCUGGUGUUUGCCAAUUGCAUCCCACUAGUGCUGAAAUUCUUCAACCAAAACAUUAUGGCGUAUAUCGGCGCUAAGAACAACAUCGCUAUCUUGGAUUUCCCAUCCUGUGUCAUUGGCGACCAGCCAGAGUUGACAGCCGAGAGUUUGGAAAUUGGUACCAAUCUGCCCUACUGCUGGCGAAAUCUUUUCUCAUGUGUCAACCUACUGCGCAUCCUUAAUAAGCUGACUAAAUGGAAACAUUCGCGCAUCAUGAUGCUGGUUGUUUUCAAAUCGGCGCCCAUCUUAAAGCGAACUUUGAAAGUCAAACACGCUCUCUUGCAGCUGUACGUGUUAAAGUUAUUGAAAAUGCAAACGAAAUAUUUGGGUCGUCAAUGGCGCAAGUCAAAUAUGAAAACAAUGAGCGCCAUCUAUCAAAAAGUGCGUCAUCGGCUCAACGAUGACUGGGCAUUUGGCAAUGAUUUGGAUGCAAGACCGUGGGAUUUCCAGGCAGAGGAAUGCGCCUUGCGCUCUGCUGUCGAUCGGUUCAACAGUCGUCGCUACGACAAGAACUCGUCUGGAUGUGCGGUAAUGGAUCCGGAAUACGAGCCGGUAGAUAACUGGCUAACUAGCGUGCUUAGCCACCCUGUUGAGUUGACCGACGAGUUCAAGCGUCACUACGAGAUCUGGCUACAACAGGAAGUCUUUCAGGCCUCGAUCGACUGGGAUCAGUUGGUUGCCUCUCAUCUCAUAUGAUGACGCCCCUGCCGUGUCUAUUUAAAUGUUUUUUAAAGAGGCAAAACAUUCAAUCCAUCCCAGCGCGCUUAGUCGCACGACCAAUUAGCGAGCGUAUCGAAAGCGAGCCCGGGUUUUUCCUUUUCUUCUUUUACGGAGGCAAACAACAGUGGCAGGAAACACCCAUGAGUCGCGAUAUGACGAAGUAGAUCCUAUUUAAUCGCGAAACAGAGGAGUCCCGUAACAUAAAAUUGAUCGAUCCAUUUAGCAUCCGUUAGAACGAAAAAGAGAAGUUUGUUUUUCUGGUUUUCCCAUUCUUGCAUUGCAAUUUUUCGUACACAUUCGUACUGGCUCAUUGUACAAAAAAAAAAAAAAAAGAAAGGAAAACAUU